AUGUCUGACGCCCAGAACAUCCCCAACUUCAAGCUGGUUCUUGUCGGUGACGGUGGUACUGGUAAGACCACAGAGCGCGUUACUCACACGGACCAGCGUCACCUGACGGGUGAGUUUGAGAAGAAGUACAUUGCCACCCUGGGUGUCGAGGUGCACCCUCUGCAGUUCCACACCAACUUUGGCCCGAUUGUGUUCAACGUGUGGGACACGGCCGGCCAAGAGAAGUUCGGUGGUCUGCGCGAUGGCUACUACAUCCAGGGCCAGUGCGGUAUCAUCAUGUUUGAUGUGACCUCGCGUAUCACAUACAAGAACGUGCCCAACUGGCACCGUGAUCUCGAGCGUGUGUGCGAGAACAUCCCGAUUGUGCUGUGUGGUAACAAGGUUGACGUGAAGGAGCGGAAAGUGAAGACGGGUGCUGUGACUUUCCACCGCAAGAAGAACCUGCAGUACUUUGAGAUUUCGGCCAAGUCGAACUACAACUUCGAGAAGCCCUUCCUGUGGCUCGCUCGCAAGCUGGUCGGCAACCCCGCCCUCGAGUUCGCCGCUGCGCCGGCGCUCGCGCCUCCGGAGGUCCAGGUCGACCACCAGCUCAUGGAGCAGUACAACAAGGAGCUCGAGACGGCGGCGGCUGCCCCGCUUCCCGACGAGGACGAUGGUGACCUCUAA